AUGUCUUCGCCGCCGCCCAUCCCGUCGCUUCCGCUGCCGACCGUCACCACCGCGCCGCUGGCCUUCUCCACCGCGCCGCUGCCCUCCCUGUCCGCGCUGCUGGUCGCAUCCUCCGGCGCCGCCACCACCCAGAUGACGGCGCCCUCCACCGCACCACCGGCCGCUGUCUACUCCCCGGCGGAGAUCACCGGGGUCCUCAACAAUCUUGUCACCGCCGUCCAGGGGAUACGGAUUUACCUAGCCGGCCCCUACGGGCCGCCGGCCGCUGCGACCGGGCCAGCCGCCCUGCCGUGGUAUUCGGCACCCGCGGCGCCGACCGGGCCUCUACACCACCACUGGCCGCUUCAGUCGCCGCCUGCCGCCGCGCCCCAAUGGCCGCAGUGGCCGGCGCCGGCCCUCGCCGCGUCACCCACGCCACCCGGGUCCUCGCCGCCACCGCCCUAG